CUUCACCCUUCGUGGGGGAUGCUUCCUGUUACAAAUGAAAUCGUCGUGUUCAUUUCGUGCUGAGCAUGAUCUCAAGUUUACAUAUCUAUUUUUCCGAAUUUCCAAUUAUCCCAGGCCAUGGAUUUUCAGAAGAAAAAAGCAAGUACCGACUAUUCAAGAUGUGAAGAGGAUUAAGGAGAGACAAGAAGUGUAUGUUAUCAAACCACAGCCGCCCUAAUGUGUUUGCGCCCCUCUCGCCCUUGUUCGACUGAUCCUUUCCGAGCCACCCAUCGCCUGCUCUCACGAUUGUCUGGUCUGAGGUGGCUCAUCAAUGUCCAUGGUGCCAAUCAGCGUGGUUCUUGUUCUGCCAGAACCAGCUAUUAUCGCUCACGGCCGGCACGUGAGGGCGCCGUACCCCCUCGCAACGCAAGUUGUGGUCACUAUGGGCGUUGCAGAUGUUGUAGAAGACGAGGCUGAGUGGGUGACCGCAUCGUUCGAGGAUGAGGUACGUCCUGGAAUUGACGUAGUCCACGUCGGAACGGUUGUAGGAGUGGACGAAGAAAUACCAUCUGUGCGGCUGCUACUCACAGUCCUAGAAAAGCUACUGCUGGAUGUCGUGCCCGUGACAAGGGUCGAUGAAUCUCCCCAUGGUGUUGAAGAUGUCGAUAGAGUGCUCGUCGAGGAUUCAGUAAUGGUCAGUGUAGUAGCUGAGUUUACAGACGAGCUACCAGUCACGGAAGUAGACGCUGUCACCGUUACUGUAGAAGUGCUUCGAAUCACGGUGGCAGUGGUUGAGGUUGUCGUGGAAGAGACAGUGACAGAGCUGCCAGUCUCAGACGUGAUGCCAGUCGCCAGCGUCGAUGAGCUUCUCCAAAUGGAAGUCGUGGUUGUCGGAGUCACUGUCACGAUCGAUGUUAGGGUUGACCCAGCCUGCGAGCUGGACGAUGAGAUAGAGUGUGUGCUAUUAGAAGUUUGGCUUGAAGUUGAUAAGCUCCCUGUUUGGGUAGUAGUCGGUCCGAUCGAGUUAGACAAGGAUUGGGUACCUGUUGUUGCUAGGGUGGAAGAACUGCCGAUGAUAGUGGAACUAGGUACCGACUCACUGACCGUGAUAGUUGAAGUGCUAGCUGAGACAAAGCUGGUGGUGACAUUACUGCCUGAAGAUGACAAUGAGUCGGUAUUAGUACUGGUUGUUUCGGAAGAGGCGCUGGAAGUAAUAGCUGUUGCGCUACUGGAUCCCGUACCAGUCGUGGAGAUCGGUCCAGUGCUGCUGGCGGUUGAAUUGGUCGCACUGCUGGAGGUGUACCCGGCCGAAGAAGAUAUCGAAAUAAUGCCGCUAGAAGUGGUGCUUACGACAGUGGACGUAAUAUCAGAGGAUGAGCUACCGGUGACUGCACUGUUAGACGAGCUCGAGUAUCCGCUGGUGGUCAAAAUUGCUGAAGUGGAACCAGUGCUGUUAGCGGUCGAUACAGUCAAGCUUGAAGUGCUCAAGGAGCCGGUACUUGCGCCAGUAGACAAGGUUCCCGUCAAACCGGACGAGGUUGAGUUGCUCCACGGUGUCGAUGAGCUAAUGGUUGCAGUUGAGGUUAUGGUAGUGCUCGCGAAUGCACUAGACGAUGUACUUUUGGUGGCUGUUAUUGUAACUCCACUUGUGACAGUGAUGGUCCUGUGGGUGGUGCUGUCAAUGGUCGAAGAGCUCAAGUCAGUGACACUCGAUACAGUCGCAGAACUCUUUGAGGUGCCAUGUUCACCACUGCUGGCAGACGAGCUUACUGAGCCAGUCACUGCACCGUUGCUGGAGGUAGUCACCCCUGAACUGGAUGACAGGGCACUGGUCAAUGUGCGAGUGCUGCCGCUCCCGGGUGGUGAUGAUGCAGAGGUAACAGGACUGGUAGUUCCAGUCUCUUCAGUACUGCAGAUGCGUGAGUCUGAGCUUGAGAUCCCGGUACCUGUGGUUCCAGAGUUGCUGCUUGUGGUAAAACCGACGGAGCUUGACGUGGUCAAGAAUCCAGUCCCAUUACUGGUGCUGGAAGUGUUGAAACUGUAG